UUCCUGCCUGGAUGGCAGAAUGAGACUGUCUCCAAAGAAAGAUAAAAUUGCUUGCAGUUGAUUCAGAUUGUCAACUAGGUUUUAGUGAAUUGCUUAAUCCUAGGUGGCAUCUUCAAAUUACAGGAUGGUAUGGUGUUUAAAAAUGCUGGUUCUAGAGUUAGGCUGCUUGGGUUUGAAUUAGCUUACUAGUUCUUUAAUUCUGGACUUCUCUGGACCUUAGGCAACUCAUCCAUAAAAUGGGGAUUAUAAUAAUGCCUAAUUCAUGGGAUUGCCAUGAGGGUCAAAUAAUAGUCUACAUUCUUUGUUUUUGCUAUGUGGCAUAUAGUGAAGAUUCAAAUGUUAUUAUUCAGACUAUAGCAAGACUACUAUAACCCCUUCCUCAACUUCACCGCUGAAAUCCACGAUUUGAAGAAAGAAAGAUACUGGAUGAAUUUUUGUGUACUGUCUGGGAAACGUUACACAAUUUGUGCAGUAGAAGAUUUUUAAACAUAAUUUGUACAUGGGAUUGGAUGGAUGUUAAAGUAGAUUCUGGUGUAGUGAUAUAACAUUUCCCAAAGUCUUGAAGCUUUAACUAAAAAGCAAAUCUGAGAAGGAACCGAAAGGAAGGAAUGCUGAGAAGGAUUAAAAUAUUUGUAUCUUUUAUUGUCUUAAGGAACUUUUAUAGACAGGCAAAGCUAAUUUUUUAGUUUAAGUUCAUGAAAUGUUUAACUUGGCUUACUCAUGCAUUUCAUACUUAGUAUGUUGUGGUAGGAAGGUUUUGGGAAAGAGUGGAAACAUUUGGAGAUUUUGAGAUGAUACAUCUGUUAUCCAUCUCUAAAUGUAUGCAGAAAGGCAAAGUGUGUCCUUUUUGAGGCUGCUUUUUUCUCCCUAGGAACUCUGUUAGCUACACUGUGCGUUAUCUUCAGGUAGUUAUGGCUGAUAGUUGCUUGGACCCUACUACAGUGAUUCUUAAAUUUAGUGUUUAAAAUUACUUGCAAGGGGGAGGGUUGUUAAGAAUGCAGAUUCCUUGAGACCCAAGUAGAUCUUGGGUGGGGUCCACCAGGAAUCCAACUUUUUAAAAGGGCCCGCAUGUGAUUCUGAUGCAGGUGAUUCCCCGACUGUAACCACGGAAAUACUGGGCUGGUUAAUAGGCAGGUCUCCUCAGGUAGUGACUGAAAGUACAAUACACCGUUAUAGUUCACAUUGCUUUACUGAUUUAAAACUGGGUCAUAUUCAGGUACUAGGUAAUCGAUGAGUAUAAACAGAGGUGUAUAAUAGAGAACAGAUUCAAAAUACAAAUCUGGAAGUACUUUCCUAACCUUUACUUUGUUGAUUAAUUAUUUCGGCCAAAUUCAAUCUUGGCUUCCUUUUUAUUAAUGGGAAAAAUCUUUUAUUUUCAUUUUAUGCUGUUUAGAUAGCCAUGCUUGCCUGUUUGUGAAAAGCUUUAACUUGUAAGAUUUUCCUCAGGUCUGCUCAGUUUGUUGGCAUACCUUUACCUCUCUCAUAGCCUGUGAAAAAAGUGUUAAUUUUCCUUCCUUCUGCUGCUAGUUGUAAUUAUUUUCUGUGCCUUUAAGAAGAAAUGCUGCACACUGCACAUAGUUUUCUCCCCUCUAGCAUUUGCUGCCUCAGCCUUUCUUAUGCUUCUUAUUUCUGUGGCCGAAAUAAGAAAGAGAGGGAAACCCAUGUGACUGUCUGGGUUUUCAGCGUGCUCUUUCCUGCAAUUAAGAGAAGUUUACCUUAGGAAAUCAAGCUACAAGUCAUGCUCCUUACUUAGAGCUAGUUUGAGAGUGAACUUGAUAAGGUGUUUAACUCAUCUUUGAAUGUGGCUUUUCAGAAACCUUUUUCCAAAAAGGACAAAGGAACUCAAAUCAGUUGUCCAUAGUGCUCCUGGUUGGAAAUUAUUUGGUAAAGUCCCUCCUAGAGAGAAUCUUCAGAAAACAUCCAGAAUCAUUCAGCAGGAAUAUGAAGCACGAACGGGGAGAACUUGUAAACCACCACCUCAGUCUUCAAGACGCAAGAAUUUUGAAUUUGAGCCACUUUCUACCACUGCCCUGAUUCUUGAGGAUCGCCCAUCAAAUCUUCCUGCCAAAUCUGUGGAAGAAGCUUUACGUCACCGACAAGAAUAUGAUGAGAUGGUGGCUGAGGCUAAAAAACGAGAAAUUAAGGAAGCGCAUAAAAGAAAAAGAAUAAUGAAAGAACGAUUUAAGCAGGAAGAAAAUAUUGCAAGUGCAAUGGUAAUUUGGAUUAAUGAAAUACUGCCCAAUUGGGAAGUAAUGCGUAGUACAAGAAGAGUUCGAGAAUUGUGGUGGCAGGGAUUGCCCCCUAGUGUCCGUGGGAAAGUUUGGAGUCUAGCUGUAGGAAAUGAACUAAAUAUCACUCCUGAACUUUAUGAAAUCUUCCUCUCAAGAGCAAAAGAACGGUGGAAAAGUUUCAGCGAAACAAGUUCAGAGAAUGAUACAGAAGGUGUAUCUGUUGCUGAUCGAGAGGCCAGUCUGGAAUUAAUUAAGUUGGACAUAUCCCGUACAUUUCCAUCUCUCUACAUCUUUCAGAAGGGUGGCCCAUAUCAUGAUGUCUUACAUAGUAUUUUAGGGGCAUACACGUGCUACAGACCUGAUGUUGGUUAUGUCCAAGGGAUGUCCUUCAUUGCAGCUGUGCUCAUUCUCAAUUUGGAAGAGGCAGAUGCCUUUAUUGCAUUUGCCAAUCUCCUGAAUAAGCCAUGCCAGUUGGCCUUUUUUCGUGUGGAUCACAGCAUGAUGUUGAAAUAUUUUGCAACAUUUGAAGUAUUCUUUGAAGAAAAUCUCUCCAAAUUAUUUCUUCACUUCAAAUCUUAUAGUCUUACACCAGAUAUAUACUUGAUAGACUGGAUCUUCACACUAUAUAGCAAAUCACUACCACUUGAUCUGGCCUGUCGAGUCUGGGAUGUAUUUUGCAGAGAUGGGGAAGAAUUUUUAUUUAGGACUGGAUUAGGAAUCCUCCGAUUAUAUGAAGAUAUUCUCCUGCAGAUGGACUUUAUUCAUAUAGCGCAGUUUCUAACUAAAUUGCCAGAAGAUAUCACAUCGGAAAAGCUAUUCAGUUGUAUUGCAGCCAUUCAGAUGCAGAAUAGCACCAAAAAAUGGACUCAGGUCUUUGCAUCUGUAAUGAAGGAUAUUAAAGAAGGAGACAAGAACAGUAGUCCUGCUUUGAAAAGCUAGUCUUCAAAAUUGACAGACUAAUUGACAUCUAAAAUGUGGUUUUUGGAUAAAGGGUUUUGUUUCCUAUGUAAAAGGCGUGGAAGAAAAUGUUGGAGAUAUCUAAAAGAAUCAAGAGGUGGAAGACUGCUGAUUUUACAUUUUAUAGCUGAAGUAAAUGAAAUGAAUAACUUAUUGUCAGUAUUAAACUAUUAUUUUGUAGGUAGAGUCAUUUUUCAAAGGAAAAAGUUUAAAUGGUGAGUUUAUACUCCACAAUUUGGAGUAAACAGUUUAAUGCAAUAAAUUUUUAAAAUAGCUUUGGAGAUACUUCAGAUUUUUACAUCUUUUCUUUUGUAACAGUUACCACAAAGAUACUCUGGAGGCUAGAGUAGGAUUGUUAAAUACUAUUGUUAACCUCCAAAGUACUAUAGUACAGACAUUGUUUCCAGUUCUGACCUUUUGAAGAUAUUAUAGACCAGUAAUAAACAAAUUUGAUUGUAAAUUAAUUUAAGUCACUGAAGAUGUCAUUUAUCUUCAUUCACAAGUUGAGGCAAAUUUGAGUUACCCAGGAAAUGGAAAUGUUGGUGGGAGAUUGUUUAUUGUUUGUUUAGAUGUUUUUCCACAGUAUCGUGUCCAUUUGUUUUUUAAGGGAAAUUUGUUGUCUUCCUUAAGGAAUUCCUAUCACUCAGAGAAUUUUAGCCGUUCUGGUUCUAGUGUAACAAAUUAUUCAUCUAAUAAUUUGACAUUAAGAAAACUAUAAAUAACUGGUAGAAGGAAAGUUCUUUGCACUUUAGUGGAUUGAAGACUUGACUUUGAGAGUAAGUCCAAAAAUAUAUAUGAUGUUUCUCAGUGAUAAGAGUAAAAAGUAGUGAAUCCUCAGAGUUUUUAAAUAGCAUGCUACUUGGCAAGACUUCAUAUUUUUUAGUUACAAUUCUUCCACUGCCCAUAGAAACAAAAUUUGUUAACUCCAGUUUGAAAUUUGAAAUCUAAUAUGUAGCUAAAUCUGUGACUUGUAAAACUCUAUGCAUAACUUUUCUUAAUCAGUGGAAAUAAGAAUAAAAGAAAAAGGUAAAGUUAAUUUUUUUUUCUAAGUCUACAUCCUAGCCCUUGAUUCAAUUGCCUGAAGAAGCUGUGUGAGAUUAGUCUGGUUAUUGGUUCCUUUAUCUGUCAGUGCCAUCUUAAUCUCUUCACAUGUUACACUAAAUGCUGCCUAUAACCCAUCCUCAUCUUCUUUACUCAUCAUUGCUUUCUUCAAGGAAGGUCUUGAUACUGCCUCGUCUACCUCAUUAUCUGCUAGUCUAGAUAGUGACUCUUUGGAAGAUUGGUAGCCCUGAAUGAGUUAUCCAACUUCCGCUUCCUCACAUUGGCCACUUUGCAUAGGUUUGGGAACUUAGCACGUGCUAAAUCCUCAUGCCCAUAGAGGCGAAAUACUUUGAGGAAUGGGAGCGUCUCUUCACUGUGUUCUUGAAUCAGCCUUCUCUCAUCCGCCAAGAAAUGCAUGGAUUUCCCUGCCAACUCUAGGAAGUAGUGCUGCAUGAUUGAAUCAUUCUUUGAUGAAUUCUUUCAUUGUAACAUAGGGAGUCAUUUCCAAAAAGGUAGAUAUGAGCUUAAAGUACAUUGACUUAUGAAUGCUUUGCCUGUGGGCCCAACAGUGUCAUGACCCUCCAAUUGGAACAUAGCAUGAAUUAUUUUUAUGUCGAGUUCUUGAACUGCUAAUCAGGUGUAUGUUUCCUUGAAGUCCAGAGCAGGAUCCAGGUCAGAUGAAGGAGGUGGUAUGCCUGGCUUAACUGCUGAAAAAAGAACAUUGAAACUUUUCACAAUGUGCAGCAUUGGGUUUCUGCUUGGCUUUCUCACUGAAUAGUAAAUUGGGGAAAAUGCUGCUUUUACUAUUUUGUGUUUUAUAGCAACAUUAAUAGCAUUUUCUCAGUCAGGUGCUGUCCAGGAACAUUUCCUUUGGAAGGUCUGAACAGAAUGAUCUGGCUUGAUGUAUUUCUUGAGCUCUAGUACCAUAUCAUAGAAUAGGUUAAAUGUAGCCAACAACAAUGUCAGGACAAUUGACAUUGUCCUUACAAGAGUGAAUGCAUUGUCUUUUGGAACUGCUACUAGAGCCAUACAUGAGGCAGCGAACGCAUCUUUAGGUGGUGGCAAGGCUAUAUCUGAUUGACAGAGAUCUCUGAUCUCUAAUGACAUAUUGCUAUUGUCCUAUUAUGUUUAAAUUUGAAUCUAAAUCACUUGAGUGUUAUGAGUGAUGGCUAUAUAACGUGCCAUUUAGUUAGAUUUACAGUGUUUUUUUUGUUGCAGUUUAGUUUGAAACAGCACUUAAGCACACUGUUUCUGUUAGUGCUAUAUAGUUUUCAAACUAACAAGCCUGGGAUCCUUGUUAGUGUAGUGACUGCCUCUUUAGGAGUAUGGGACCCUAGGGUGCCCAUAUAUUUUUACUCCAUGGGUCAUUCUAGUCUACAGACUACUAGUAGAACCCUCAAAAGGUAACUGCUAUUAUAGGGACUUACUUAUUGGAAACUGGUAAUACAAUAAAAUAUUGAAGGAGGGGCCAUGGUCUUAGUAGGUUUUAGGAUGACCUUUUAACUCCAGUAACUACUUCCUUGGUAUUGGUAUCCCUGAUAGAGGGAAUAUAACCUCUGGCAAUAAUCUCAUUCAGUUUAUACUACCUGACUAAAUUUAAUCAUACUUUUAUGUAUUUGUUUCCUCAGUUGGACCUAAGUUACUAUAUUUCUUUUUCUUAUUUUUUUAAUUAUUGUACAGUUUCUUUACCUUUCAAGUAUAAAUGUGUAUAUAAAAUGUAAAUACAAGGAAUUCACUAAAAACCACUCAUAACAAUUACUGUGUAAAUAAAACUGGUAAGCUGAGUAA